UCCGUUGCAUGGACGUGGUCGAGGCACGAUGACGGGACCCUCGAGCGCACACUCCUUCAUCAUCGUCCUCCUCGCGCUCGCGGGGUGUUGCGAGGCCAGCCGAAAACUUUUAGUGUUCCUCAUCGACGGGUUCCGGUACGAUUACAUGGACGACUUGCAGAACUUGGUCGGCUUUAGUGAGAUCGUGGAGAACGGCGUGAAGGUGGAUUACAUGACGCCGGACUUUCCGAGCCUGUCCUACCCCAACUACUACUCCCUCAUGACAGGUCGUAAUUGUGAAGUGCACCAAUUUACUGGGAAUUACAUGUGGGAUAAAGACUCAAUGAAAGAGUUCCUGAUUGGAACAAAUCCAGACAGCCGCUUACCAAUGUGGUGGGAUGGCUCUGAACCUCUCUGGGUAACUAUGCAGAAACUGGGCAAGAACGUCUACAUGUAUUAUUGGCCAGGCUGUGAAGUGGAGAUCCUCGGUGUACGGGCCACAUUCUGUGAGGAAUAUGUUUACAAUCCCUCUGAGAAGAACCUAACUGAUUCCAUUGAAAAUUCCCUCAAUGUGCUAAAGAAUAAUAAAGCAGACAUGGCAGCUGUGUACUAUGAGAACAUUGAUGUGGAGGGGCACCACUAUGGUCCAGGGUCACCGCAGAUAAAGAGGGCUGUCCACGCACUGGACGGUGCAUUACAGAUCCUAAACCACAAAAUCAAGGAGAAGGACAUGGAAGAUGAGUUGAACGUCAUCUUGUUCUCUGACCAUGGGAUGACUGAGAUUAAAUGGAUGGAGAAGGUCAUUGAACUAGAGACUUACAUAAACAUGUCUGAUAUCAUAAAGAUGAUGGACAGAGGGCCAGUCGUCAGUUUGUGGCCUAAAGAAGCCAAGUUUGAAGAGGUGUACAAAGCCCUACAAGCAGCUGAAAAUAUGAACGUGUAUCGGACGUAUGAAAUCCCAGAUCGCUUUCACUACAGGGGCGGAAGAUUUGUCUCGCCAUUGACUCUUGUUGCUGACCCAGGAUGGUUCAUCACUGAGAACAAAGCCAAGCUGCCCUACUGGCAGAAUGGUACUGGAGAGGCGGAAGCCUUGCAGCAUGGUUGGCAUGGCUAUGACAAUGAGUAUUUGGACAUGAGAGGCUUCUUUUUGGCUCAGGGACCAGACUUCAAGAGGAAUUUCCGAGCAGGGCCGAUCAGAGCAGUGGAUGUCUAUAAUUUAAUGUGCAAGACUCUGGGCAUCGAGCCCCUUCCAAACAAUGGCUCCUGGUCUAGAGUGGAGUUCAUGCUGAUGGGCUCUGCUGGUGCUACACAGCCCACGCUGCUUUACCCCUGCAUGCUAGCAAUUCUGUCAUUGCUGCUGUGUGCCCAGAUAUAGAACCACCCCUCACCACCCCACGCUUCCCAUAUCAGCAGAACUCUACCCUCACACAGGCUUUCAUCAAUGCUGUUUAAGGACCACAUCAAACUGGGGAAUAAUGAAGACACAUAAGACCAUGUGGAGAACACACAAGGAACAGGGAGUUAUUUAAAGUGUUCUAGUAAGUUUUGAUCUCAAAGAGCGCAUUUAGCCAGUAGUGUUUUGCAGCUAAAAUGAGCAGAAGUGGAAAGAAGAAGUAAAGGAUGAUACAAGUCUUUGCACUUGUAGAACUGAAACGUGAUUUAAGAACAAGCUUCCAUUGUCAUUUUUAGACUCACUACACUUGGAAGUCUCUGAAACUGUUCUGCUGAUUUACUGUUGCACGGAUGGUUUUGUCUCCAGUCUGAAUGUCUUGUUUCUGAUUAUUUCUGUCCUCGAAAUCUGCAAUGUUUUGAAUGUAAAGGAAAAUGUUAGUUGUUUUAAUUUUUCGUGGAGGAUCUCUCAUCAUUAUUUUUUCCUGAAUAAGAUUAUGUGUAUGCAUCUGGGUCUUUGUACUAAUAUAAUUUUUCUCAAUAAAAGUGGCGUAAACCGUUCUCAUACAUCAUCAGUGAAAA